AUGUCGCACACGCUCGCCCGCAAACUCCAACUCCUCCACGACAGCCUCAAAACAACCCUCUCCCAAAUCCAACACCUCCAAUCCCUCCCCCCAGCAUCAACAGACAGCGACCGCCUCGACCUAGCAAACGAUAUCCACGCCAGCCUCAAAGAACACGAAGACACCCUCGAGCUCCUCCGCCAAGAACUCGACGACGAUGCACCUCCAGCCACUCGCCGCACCGCCGCCAGCGCCGCCCAAGUCGAGAACGAGCGCAACGCUGACCAAAUCGCCCGCCUACAGGAAGAUCUCCGCUCUGCGCGUGCAAAAUUCCGGCGUGCGCAACUACAGGCGAAGCGCAGCGCCGACAACGCGAAAUUGAAAGAGCGGGAAGCGCUGUUCAAGCGAAACAAUGCCGCGGACGAGAGUGGUAGCACACCAACACCGCACAGUAGACGACCGGGCCAGGAACGAUUGACCAAGGAAGAUAUCGAGCGCAACGCCGCGGAAGAUGUCACGCGAGCGCUCCGACGGACGCAUAAUGCGAUGACGGCGAAUAUAGGGCAGAGUCAGGCUACGCAGCAGGCGCUCGAUGAGACGCAGGAGAUGCUCAAGGGCUUAGCGGAGACCUAUGGGGGCACGGGGGAUAUGUUGAAGAAUUCAAGGGCGUUGGUCGGGAGUUUGGUGAGGAGUAAUAAGAGUGAUACGUGGUAUUUGCAGACAAGUUUCUAUCUGAUGGUUGUUACGAUUGCGUGGUUGGUGUUUAGGAGGUUGCUUUAUGGGCCGCUUUGGUGGUUGGUGUGGCUGCCCAUUAAGUUGUUGUGGAGUUUGAUGGCCGUUGGCAUGGGUGCAGUUGCGGGUGGAGGUGGUGCGUUGACGAAUGGCACGUUAAGUCACGCAAGUGUGCCGACGUCGAUACCCGGGCAGCAGGUUACGGUGGAUAUUGGGUCGAUAUUUGGUGGGAAGCGAGGCGAGGAUGCGGCCAAGCAUGCUGAUGCGCCGCCGCAUGUAGAGGAAGUGGGCAGAAUGGCGGAAGCAGCUGCAGAUGGGGAGACGAAUGUCAAUGAUACCCCGGAAGAGGAACGGCAACGGCAGGAAGAGAUGCCAAGAAAUCCGAAGAAGCGGAUGAUGGAGGUCGAUAUGGAGGCAGAUCGACGGAGAGAUGAGCUAUGA